CCUGGAUCAAUUUUAUCAUUAGCACUAUAAGUACAUCACUCAAUUCGAAUUUUCCGAUGCAGAUACAACCCAAUUCCGGAUCCUCCAUCCUAGCAGAUGAUCUGGCCCGGCUUUCUUACGCCCGCCAGAAAAGGCGCGUUUUUACGCGACUAUCGGUCGCCCAUGAAUGCCAUAUAGAAGGCCUCGCGCCGCGCCGUCGCGGGAUGAAUCGGUAACAAGAACAGGAGAAAGCUCUCGGCUGAACUGUCACAAGUGACGUCAAAACGGCCGCCUACCCGGUCAUGACCUGCCUAACCUCGGUCGUUUAUCAACUUCCACCAACCAGAUGCGGCUGGGAUCUCUUCUCAGGCUCACCAGUCACUCCAUAACACCACCACUACACCCACACUCACAUAUCGUCCGCAGAAUGGCCAGCGCUCAAGCCUCCGUUUUCGGUCUGAAGGAUUUCUCACUCGUGAAAACUCAGGCGUUCAUCGGCGGGCAAUGGUUAGACGCGAAGAGUGGAGAGACCAUCACGGUGACGAACCCUGCUACGGACGAAGUUUUGGGCACGGUUCCCGAGAUGGGUCUCGCAGAAACAAAGGAGGCGAUCGAGGCGGCACAGAACGCGUUUCCCGAUUGGAGUCGCACAACACCCAAAACACGGCAUGAUAUCUUGAUGAAACUGUCCGCGCUCAUGGAGGAGCACGGUGACGAUCUCGGUCGGCUCAUCACUCUCGAGAAUGGGAAGACUCUCGCAGAAGGCAAAGUGAGUGUCUUUCCGCUUGCCACGCACGCCGAUAUCUCAUCAGAAAUCCAGGGCGAGAACGUCUACAGCGCAUCGUUUGUCGAGUGGUUCGCGGAAGAAGCCGUCCGGACGUACGGAGAAACCAUCCCAUCUCCAUUCCCCAAUGUUCGCAAUGUGACCAUCCAACAACCUGUCGGUGAGUUCUGGAGGAAGUUGCUGAUCAUCCUAUCUGACCGACUUGCACAGGCGUUGUGUGAGCAUCAGAGGCUUUCCCUACGAAUAGGAUCUCAGUUCCGCGUCUUUAGUGCGAUCCUUACACCGUGGAACUUCCCGUCGGCCAUGAUAACCCGAAAGUUGGCUGCAGCUUUGGCCGCAGGCUGCACGAGUGUCAUCAAGCCCCCACCCGAAACCCCCUUCUCCUGUCUUGCUCUGGUUGAGCUCGCCCGUCGCGCCGGUGUUCCUGACGGUGUCAUCAAUGUUGUUACUACUCAGAAAAACGUCGCCGAAGUCGGGAAGGAGCUUUGUGAAAGCAAGAUCGUGAAGAAAGUGACAUUCACUGGGUCGACGCCUGUUGCCAAAUUACUGACCGGGAUGGCCGCUUCGACAUUGAAAAAAGUUUCCAUGGAAGCAGGAGGAAACGCGCCCUUCAUUGUGUUCGAUGAUGCCAAUAUUGACGAGGCUGUUGCUGCUGCCAUCGUUUGCAAAUUCCGUGGCACUGGUCAGACAUGUGUUUGCGCAAAUCGGAUGUUCGUGCACUCAUCUGUGUACGCUGAAUUCGCCUCUCGCCUGGCUGAGAAAGUGGCCACAUUCAAGGUCGGAAAUGGGUUGGAUGAGAGCUCAACCCAUGGCCCGCUGAUCCACUCACGGGCAGUAGAAAAGGUCCAGUCCCAUGUCGAUGAUGCGGUUGCUCGGGGUGCUCAGGUCCUUGUUGGUGGCUCCUCGGUUCCUGGCACUUCGACAUUUUUCGAGCCCACCGUCCUGAGCGAUGUCCCCUCCACCGCGCUGAUCAACACGGAAGAAACGUUCGGCCCUAUCGCUGCCUUGGUGAAGUUUGAGACAGAGGAGGAGGUCAUCAGGAUGGCCAAUGCGACUGAUUUUGGGCUCGCUGGCUACUUCUUCUCGAGAGAUGUGGGACGAGUCUGGCGUGUUGCAGAGAAGCUCGAGGUGGGAAUGGUCGGAACCAACACCGGACUCAUCAGCCAAGCAGUGAUCCCGUUCGGUGGUAUCAAGGAAAGUGGACUGGGUCGUGAAGGAGGUCACGGAAUCGCAGAAUAUAUGAACACCAAGUUGAUCGUGUUCGGAGGCUUGGCUUGAGGGACUCACACUGUACCAAAUCCUCACGUUUCGAAUGUAUGCAAACAAGUUUCCGUCAUGUGCACGGUCCGAU